UCCCGAUGUUUAUCUGUGGGUGCUUCAUUCAUUCAGAUUCUGGUUUUAAGUUCUACAAAGAUUUUGAUUCAAUUUUUUAUGGAACGUUGGAGUGGAGUUUUGAAGGUCACCCUCGAUUCUAGCAGUAGGGCCUCCUACAGAGUUGGAGCUUCUCUCUGCCUUUCUCUUCCCUCCAAAACCCUGGCUGUGCCUUCUCUGAAUGCCAUAUUCUUCAAUGGAGAUCGAGUUGAAGGUACUGGUAAUCCAGUGAUUGAGAAGCUGUCGGAUCUGAGGAAUAUUGCUGAAAUCCUAGUUUCUAAAUUGGGUGUCUCAGUUAAUGCUUGGGUUGUGGAGUCAUCCAUCUACAAUGGACCUUUUGCUGUAUACAAGGAUUUUAUUCCAUCUGUCAAUUCACGGGGAGAUCCAAAAUCAUAUGCUUCAUAUGGGUUUCCAGCUUCAACAUUGAUUGCCCUGCUGUUAUCAAAAUGCCUUGAAGAGCAGGCUAAAAGUGUGAUUCCAGGAGGAGAACAGAAAUCGCAUUCUACUGGAUUAUCUUCAUCAUUGCCCUGUCAGCCCAAGACAGUUAUCCUCGGAUUUAGCAAGGGUGGUGCUGUACUUAACCAGCUUGUUACUGAACUUGCCUACUCAAACGUUGAUUCUAGUGAAAGCCUGAACAACAGAAUGAAGAACCCGGUGGAUGGAAGCUUUCCUAAAAUCCAAGAAGAGAAUCUAGUUAUACCCAGGACAAAAGACAGCCUCUUAAACAGCAUUUCUGAGAUCCAUUACGUGGAUGUUGGUUUAAAUACCUCUGGAGCAUAUCUUACUGAUCAUGCCGUUAUCAAAAGAAUCUCUGAACGCCUUAUGCUGGGAGCUGCCAGAAUUCGUUUUGUUCUUCAUGGAACACCGAGGCAAUGGAGUGAUAAAAGGCGGCCUUGGAUCAGGAAUGAGAAAGAGCAGUUGCGUCAGCAGCUUGAAGAUGCGGCUCAGAAAAGUGGGGGGAAAUUACAGGUAUGUGAGAGAUUGUAUUUUGCUGACCAGAUUCCUGAUCUGCAGAUGCAUUUCGAAAUAAUUGAAAAAUUGGAUAUGAAUUGAGUAUUGUGAAUUUGUCUACAUUUUGUGGAGUUUGAUAGAUUAUGGAAAGAUGUGAUCCUGCAGUUGUUCUUACCCUU